AUGUCCCAUGGAGAAGGCGUAGAAAUAAAUGAUAUGAAAAAUGAAGAAUACCUGGAUGGCGAUUCUGAGAAGAUGGAAAGAAAACAUAAUAAUAUGGAAGAAAUCCCAAAGAAACUAGGAAUAAUUGAGAAUGGUGAUAUUGAAUUGGGGAAGGAGGAGUUAAUCGAAAGAAAUGAGGAAGAUAAAGAAGAAAAAGAGCUUGCUCGAGAGGAUGUUUGCAGAGAUUUCCUAAAUAAUAUGUGCAAUCGCGGUUCAAGAUGUAAAUUUUAUCAUCCUCCGAGCAUUGUUCGAAAACGAGCAUCACAACAAACACCAGAAGGCAUCGAGUAUCGGUUUUGCAUUGAUUAUCAGAAUCGUGGCUGCCAUCGCGAUAACUGCCGCUAUAUCCAUGCGCAUCGGGAGGAUGUUGACCGUUACAAAAUGACAGGGGAGGUGACGCUUAAUUUAGCACGUGAAGUUGCUGCAGUUUAUAAUUGCGAUACUAUCAAUGGGAUACCAUUUUGCAAAGAAUAUCAAACAGGCUCAUGCUCACGCGGUGGACAGCGGUGUCGCUACUGGCAUAUUAACGUUGAGGAAGAGCGUGAGCGACGCCGCCGGAUACCACGCAGCGUGCCAGCUUCCAUGUUGCCAUCCUUAGCGCGAGGAUCAACUCUAGCGUUAUCCUACUCCGUCUAUCCCAGCCGUCGUUCCCAUCCAUAUACUGCUGCUGAUGUCCAUAAUGCAUAUAGUAAGCGUGUUCGUUACGAUUUGGAUGACGAUUAUGUGCGUGAUUUGGAACGUAGAAAUGCAGAAUUAAGUAAAGAAGUUGAGGGACUUAAACGUGAGCUUACACGUGAACGUGAGCGUUAUGGUGACCUUUACGCAUUAUUUCGCCAGCGCAGCGCUAUUACAACGCAGCAAGAGUCAGUUAAUGUGAUCCCUGCUCCCUCAGCUUACUACCAGGCUACGUCAUCAACAGGUUGGACCGAUACACAGUGGACUCAUUGA